CAUUCCUGCAUUGCAUUGCUUCCGAGCUCAAAAGUCGUCGUAGACCCCCGCCUCCUUCCUCCUCCUCCUCGCGCUUCGAUUUGGUUUGGUUUGAUUCGGUUUGCGAGAUGAAGGAUGGUGGUGGAGGAGGAGGGAGGGGGCAGCAGCAGCAGUGGCCUUGCGACUACUGCGGGGAGGCGGCGGCGGCGCUGCACUGCAGGGCGGACGCCGCGAGGCUGUGCGUCGCCUGCGACCGCCACGUGCACGCCGCCAACGCGCUCUCGCGGAAGCACGUCCGCGCCCCGCUCUGCGCCGCCUGCGCCGCCAGGCCGGCCGCCGCGCGCGUCGCCUCCGCCUCGGCGCCGGCGUUCCUGUGCGCGGACUGCGACACCGGGUGCGGCGGCGACGACGGCGCGGCCUUGCGGGUGCCCGUCGAGGGGUUCUCCGGGUGCCCCGCCGCCGCCGAGCUCGCCGCGUCGUGGGGGCUCGACCUCCCCGGCGGCUGCGGCGGCGAGGAGGAGGAGGCCGACGACGCGUUCUUCUCGGCGCUCGACUACUCCAUGCUCGCCGUCGACCCCGUGCUGCGCGACCUCUACGUGCCAUGCGACCCGCCCGAGGUGGUGGUGGCCGGCGGCGGGCGGCGACUCAAGGGGGAGGCGCUCGGCCACCAGCUCGCCGAGAUGGCGCGCCGGGAGGCCGAGACGGCGCACCCGCACACGCAGCCGCACUCGGAUCUGAGCCCCCGCACGCCUCGCCGGACCUCCGCCGCGGCGAGCGGCCGCCUGCAGGAAAAGCAAGCUCCCCCGCCGUUGCCUCAUGCUGCUGCGACGGCGGCGCCGCUGCCGUACACUUCACUGCUCAUGAUGGCGCCGGCCAACUGCACCGAGCUCAUGGAAAACAACCGUGUUGGAGACGAAGAUGAAAAUGUUCUGUGGGAGAGCACCGCGCCAUCAGUGCCACCAACCCAGAUAUGGGAUUUUAAUUUGGGAAAAUCAAGGGAUCACAAUGAGAACUCUGCACUUGAAGUUGGAUUUGGCUCAAACAAUGGAGGCUUUAUGAUUAAGAGUUAUAAUGACAUGCUCAAGGAGAUUUCUUCUGGGACAACGAAGGAUCUGGAAGAUAUUUAUGACUCAAGAUAUUUUGCAGCUGCCGAAGAUAUCAUGUCGACUAAUGUCUGUCAGCUGUCAUCGAAAAAUCCAAGCACCAGGAGCAACAAACGGAAGGCGAGCUCAUGCGCUUCGACGAUCGAUGGACCGACAACUUCCACAAGCCAUGUACCUGCUGCUUCAGGGGCAUUGGGGGGCUCUUCGAACGACAGAGGAUCGGCUCUCCCCAAGGAGAUUUCCUUCUGUGAUCAGACCGUCGUCCCUACCGGAGCCGAUCAGAGGCCAUGUACCAUCAAGAUCGACAGCGAGACGCUCGCGCAGAACAGGGACAGCGCGAUGCAGCGGUACAGGGAGAAGAAGAAGAACCGCAGGUAUGAGAAGCACAUCAGGUACGAGUCGAGGAAGCUGAGAGCGGACACGAGGAAGAGGGUGAAAGGCCGGUUUGUGAAGUCGAACGGAGCACCUGAUGAUGUCAGCAAUGGCGGGUGAUCUCAUCCCUGCAAUCCCUGAUAGCUAGCUGCAAUGUACGUAGCCUGGCUUUUUGACGUUGCAGAGAUCGAUGUGGCCAUAUAUAUGCUGAGAGCUAAGUCUGAAAUAUGUUGCGUAUGUUGUUACAACCUAUGCACGCUCUGCUUAAGUCUGUCUGCUGCUGCAUGUAUUGUUCAGCUAAAAUUUUUGCGUCCAAGAGUCGAUCUUGAUAAUUAAGUACCCCUACUACAAAUCUACACUACAUACUGUAAUAGACCUUAGAUUUUUUUUCUCAUCUCCUCGUAGAAAUAUAUGGCAUUUUAUAUAUACGUAAAUAUGCACAAAUAGCCACAUUAAUUAUAUAUAUGCACGAGAUCAUACUGAAAUAUGUUUCAGUCUGAUUAUGAUUCUGAUA